AUGAGGAUUUCCGAUCCUUUUGGGUCUGCAUCUGACACAGGUGCAGAUGCCCCACGGGCCCCAAAAACCACGGGAGCGCUUCGCGACUCGCUAUUGUCGGCAGGCAAUCCGGAUCCGUCGAAUCCUAACGAGGUCCCCCAAACUGAAGCACUCCAGAGCGCUCCAGAGUUCUUUGAGCCUCGUGUGUUGUUUGUGGUUUACUCGUCCGGAAAUCAGAAGGAAAUCAUACUCGAAGAGGGAUUCAAUUAUUUGAUUCCCCCAUAUAUUGCAGAAGAUUGGCUUGAAUGA